AUGUCCGUCAUCCCGAAAAUUAGCACUAUGGCUUCCAAAAAGGACGAAGAAGAGAAGUUUUGCAUUGGUGAAUUAAAUGAAGAGCCUCAUGGCAGAGGCCUCAUUCAUCCUACAGACCAGGCAGAGCUCACAGAGGCUGAGCUGAAUGAAGAAUUCACUAGGAUCCUAACUGCAAAUAACCCGCAUGCCCCUCAAAAUAUUGCACGUUACAGCUUCAAGGAACGAUCCUUCAAACCGAUAAUUGUGGAUCAGAUGGCUGUGCACUUUGUGUUGGAGAGCAAUCUCCUGCAUAAAGACUCUGAUGAGGCUCGUAGACUGAUGGCCAAGGAGCGUCUCCUAGAAGGUAAAUCACUAACACUGAAGGUGAAACCUGUCAUUGUUGUUUUUCCAAAGGCAACCCCUGUAGAGGAUGGAGGGGAGGCAGAGGAGGCUGGAGAGGAGGACAGGCCAGACAGUGUUGCCUCCAAAGCUGACAAGAAGGAGCUGAAAGUCACCAACCAGUUCAACUUCAGUGAAAGGGCCUCCCAGACCCUCAAUAAUCCACUGAGGGAAAGAUACUGUCAGACUGAACCUCCUCUGCGUAGCAAUUUCUCAGCUACUGCUAACCAGUGGGAAAUAUAUGAUGCCUACCAGGAGGAGCUGCAGAAACAAGAAAAAAACAAAGAGAAGCAAAAAGCUGCACCAUCAAAGAAAGAUGAGGAGAAGAACAAGAACAUGGUGCAGACGGAGACUCAGAGCGAUGAUAUCUCAAAAGUGGGGAAGGCAGCAAAGAUCUUAGAAAGAAUGGUCAGUCAGAACACGUAUGAUGACAUUGCACAAGAUUUUAAAUACUUUGAAGACGCUUCUGAUGACUUCAGGGGUCAGAAGGGCACCCUUCUCCCUCUGUGGAAGUUCAGAUAUGACAAAGCUAAAGGGCUGUCUGUCACUGCCCUCUGCUGGAAUAAAAAGUAUCAGGAUCUGUUUGCCGUUGGAAUGGGAUCAUAUGACUUUUUGAAACAAGGACAAGGCAUGCUCAUAGUCUACUCACUGAAGAACCCAGCUUUCCCAGAGUACGUCUACUCCACUGCUUCUGGCGUGCUGUGCCUGGACAUCCACAAGCAGCGCUCCUACCUGGUGGCGAUUGGCUUCUACGAUGGCUCUGUGGCGGUCUACAACUUAAAGGAGAAGGGCCAGGAGCCUGUGUACAAGAGCACACCCAAGACUGGCCAGCACACUGACCCUGUGUGGCAGGUGCGCUGGCAAGAUGAUGAUAUUGACAACUACCACAACUUCUACUCAGUGUCCUCUGACGGUCGAGUUGUGUCCUGGACACUUUUCAAGCAUGAACUGGUGUUCACAGACAUCAUUACUCUGCCACUGCAUGGUGCCAUCUCCGAGAAACCACAAUGUGCACACCUGCAACUUACUGCUUGUGGGACAUCAUUAGACUUCCACAAACAGACUGACUUUCUGUUCCUUGUUGGCACUGAGGAGGGGAAAAUACAUAAGUGCUCCAAGCUUUACUCAACCAAGUACCUGGAGACAUACUGUGCCCACAGUCUGUCCAUCUAUGCAGUGAAAUGGAACCACUUCCAUCCAGAAGUCUUCAUCUCUUGCAGUUCAGACUGGACCAUCGUGGUCUGGGACCAUCUCAUCAACACUCCGAUGUUGAUCUUUGAUCUUAAAGACCCCGUUGCAGACGUGGCCUGGUCUCCAUACUCCUCCACUGUCUUUGCUGCUGUGACAACAGAUGGAACAGUUCAUGUCUUUGACCUCAGCGUCAACAAAUACGAGCCCAUCUGCCAGCAGCCGGUGGUUCCCAAAAAGAAGACCAAGCUGACUCACAUUGAAUUUAAUCCCAUCUAUCCCAUCGUCAUCGUGGGUGAUGACCGAGGCUUCGUCACCAGCCUCAAACUCUCCCCAAACCUACGCAAGAAACCAAAGGUGAAGAAGGGUGAAGAGGUGCCAGAGGGUCCAGAAGUCGAAAUUGCCAAGAUGGAGAAACUCCUCAGUCUGCUGAAGAAGAGCAAAGACUGA